UCCCACCCUCACCUCAAGAACCAAUUUUCACCCCCUUGGGGGCAGUGUUGCCCCUUUUGAGAAUGCGGUAUAGAAGGAUGGUCCUGCUGUUGAGAACAGUGCUACCCACAAAAGGGAACUUGCAGACUUUCUUCACCCUGCUGGUUUUCCUCAGCUUCUGAAUCCAUAAGGAUGAGUUCAGCUGCAUGUUACAGGGACCCCAAUGAAACUGCCUGAGACCACAGGGGUGUUUAUUGUUCACUUAAGAAGUCUGGAGUUAGGUGCAGUGGCUCAAAGAUGCCAUCAAGGACACAGGCUUUUUUCGUUUCUCCACUCAGCUAUCCUCGGGGUAUUGGGAACAUCUCCACUCUUGGCCACAAGAUGGCUGUAACAGCCCCAGGCACCAGGUCCUCCCAGGGGUGCAUUUGAAGGGAGAGGGAGGAAGAGAUAGAACAAUGAAAAGGGGUAAAUGACUGGUAGCAAAUAACAGUUGCUGACACCUCUCUCUCUCUUAUUUCCUCUCUCCUUUACCUUUGGCUUUACCCAAACCCAUGUGUGAAUCAUUAUGCAUCCAAAUGGAAGGGACUAGCAGUAACACUAGCUGGCUGGCCUUGAGCAAGUCACUUGAUCUCUGGGCCUCAGCUUCCUCAUUUAUGAAAUGAGAGUCGCACACUACAUGCCUUUUUUACAUAAACUUACAAAUAGUGCUGCUGUAGAUUCCUGAAUCCAUCUUUUAAUGAAUAUUUAAGGCAUUUGUUGUGUUCUGGGAGUGGAGCUGCUGGGUCCUGUGAUGUCUGAAUGUUCAUCUUCUAGAUGCCUUUUAAGGAUCGUUCCUGGUGAUGGACCCAAACACGAUCAUGGAGCAUACAGCCAGUACAUAGGUUUUUCAUCCUAUCCAAAGGUUCACUGCUAUUCUAAUAAGAUGCAGUGCCAGGGCUUCCAGUGUCAGCCUGCUUGUGAAGAAAGCCAAGUAGCACGUGUCCCUUGUGAUGGCGGCAAAUUACAUUUCUAUGGCCAGAUGAGGUCCGGGUCCUAGGGGCCCCGCAGGGCGAGCCAAGGAAGUUUCUGGGGCUCUGGAAAAUAUCCACUCCAUUGUGAGGCACUUCACGGCCAGCACUACGAAAUGACUCUGUUAACAGAUAGUUUAGUUCAUCUGAGCCCUUCUCCCAAAUUUUAAGCACCUGGUAGAUCCUCAAUAAAAGUAACCAUAAAAGUUUAGGGUAAAGGAACCUGUAAUAGCAUUUUGCAAGAGAAGUUUGUCUUUUAAGCAACAUUUUAGCAAACAGGAACUUUCUCCAAAGUAAGCACUUAAAACACUAUUUACAAAAGGAGGUUUGGAAUGUCAAUUUAUGGUUUAGAGAAAUGGGCGGAGCUCUGAGAACAGUGCUUCUCAAAGUAGUCUAUAGACCUGCAUGAGCAUCAGCUAGGAGAGUGUUAAAAAUGCAGAUUCCAGGCCCCACCCCAAAUUGGAAUCUCUUAGAUGGGGUCUAGAAAUUUGCAUUUUAACAAACUCACAUCAUUCCAUGAUCUGUGCUGCAUUACUCACGGCAGAGGGUCUCCAUACUUUUGGGGCCAGGUGCUUUGACAUGGAAAGAUAAAGUGAUCCUGUCAUUUACCCACAAACCUCUCUGCCGGUUCUGGGGCAAGGUCCAAUUUCUUGUUUGCAAAACUCUUCAGCUCCUGGCCUCAAGUGGACCUGCUGGCUUUUGCUUUUUCCUGGGACAUUGUUGACUGAAUUAAACGGUCCACACAAUUUUGUCUCUGUUGGCAACAGUGCCUUCUCAGUUGCCCCUCUGUGGCUUUCUCCAUGUCACUCUGAAAGCUCUUUGAAAACCUCCUUUGUCCUCAUCAGCCAUCCACUUCAGAAGUGCUGGUGUUAUUUUGAGACAGAGCUUGGGAUGCCAUAUAGAAUAAAGCUAUGAUUGUAUUAAAAACCAGAAGAGGGUGAGCAGCUAACACAAACAUGAAUACUGCCUAAGCACAUGCUGUACCAGGGGACAGUAAGAGAGAAUGCUCCGUUGUGGCUCUGCUUUGUUUCUGAGAUCUGGGUGCUCAUGUCAAGUCCUCACAGACUUGCCAGUGAGGUUUACAGGAUUCCAGCUCGACAAACUUAGCAAAUUCUGGGGCCCAAGGCCCUGUCUCCUGAAAGGCACCAGCCUAAGUGCCCAGGGUUACCUAUGGGUGGGGCAAGGCCCCAUGCUGUGUUCUUGGUUUCUGAUGGUAUCUCCCUGGUGCCCCCAUGCAAAUACAUCCACUGCGUUCUUCCUCAGAGCUCAGCCUUAAAAAUCCAAGCUUACCUCCACAAAUUCCACCAAACAUUACAGCCUUCUCUGAUAUAAAAACUUUGUGUUUCCUCCUCAUCACUAUGUUGCUUUGAAAACUUUUAGUAGACUUACAGUCACAUACUCUGGGACACUUUUAACGCUAUUUCGGUGACAGUUUCCCACCACAAGGAACACUGAAAUACAAGAGGAAAUAGUGAAUAUGAAUAGGCAGUCCUGGGCUAAAUUUGAACGGUGGAAACUUUAUACCAAAAUGUUUUCCAUAGACGUUCACUUUCUUUAGUUUUGAUGACUACCCACUGGAUCAUUGCGGCCAGAUGCCACUGACCAACAGGAAAUUGGAAAAUAAAUAAAAAACUAUUUCAUAUUGCCUUUUAGGAACUCUGGGUUUUUUUGUUUUUGUUUUGUUUUGGGGUUUUUUGGUGGGAGCAUAGAAAAAUGGUACUCUGAUCCAAACUGAGCAAAUUAGAGGUUUGGAGGGCACGUUUAAUUAUGAAAACUUUAUGAUUUUCAUUUCAUAAGAAGGGUAGAGAAAACCCAACAGAGAGGGGAUAGACGUGAAUUAACAUCUAUUCCGUGUCAGCAUUUGGCUAGGAGCGUUAGGGAAUGCUAUUUCAUUCUCACCACCACCACCACCCAAGGUAAAUAUUACCUGCUCCCUGUCCUCCUCCUUUUUAGGUUAGAAAGCAGGCUCAUUAAGGUUAGGCAACUUGCUCAUGGUCCCCCACCUGUGGUGACUAAGUGGGAAUUCAAAUGUGGCUCACUUUUCACUGUCCUGGUGUCCUGAAGAGAAAGCUGUGUGGAGUCUUAAUAACAUCUCUAUUAUGUUAAGGUGGCCUGUUGUGAAAAUAACACCAUUCAAUAGAAAUACCUAUGCUACACAUCCAUAGAACAUUCACUUCUAGUUAUCUUCAUGCUAUUUAUUUUAAUGCCAAUCAGAAGAACAGCGAAUAGGGUCUGUAGCCGUUAUAAGCAGCCCUCGAAUAUGAAAGUGGUAUUAAUUUUACCCGACUCCAAGAGGACCAGACAUUGGCAUCCCUGUGAGGUGGAUGCAGCAUUUAAAAUUGUUCCCAGAGCCCCCUGAAUCCUGUUCUCCCAAACCAAGGCAGACACAUGUGGGAGAUAAAAGAUGAUACCAUGAGGACUAAGGCCCAAUGAAUUACACCAGCGAAAAUAAGGUCUUCGAAGCUCAGUGAGUCUCUAAGAGAGAUUUCGAGUCAGCUUCAACUCUCUGCAUUCUCCUCCUGCUUGAAGUGUCACUUGUUUCUAGAUUAAAGUGUGGUGGAGACCACAGUGAAUCCCAACUUUAAGAUUUGCCAGGUGAAAUGGGACAAACCUUUAGAAUUUGGGGAUAAAUAGGGGGAAAAGUGCUCCUUCACAGUGAGCCACCCAACCUGUCACUUUCUUAGUAUCAAUCUGUUCUUGCGUGGACUGGUGACCCCUACUGACUUGGCCCUAAGAACAAAAGCUGCGGAGACAGUUAAGGUGGGAGAAGGUGAACUUCCACACCAAAGAGCUGAAGUAACGCCUUGACUAUCUCCACUCUGCUAGCAAAUAAGGCUGAGAAUCCAGCUCAGCCAAAAGCCCGGAAAGGAAGCACAAAACCAUGAAAAAGAACUUAAACCUCUUUCAAAAGGCAGUUCAGUCAAGGUGUUUGAGUCGUAUCAUUGUAGCACUCCCUCUAUUUACUGACACUCACUCUUCUGAGGCUUAACCUUCCAUAAACCCGGCUUACUUGUAGAAGCAAGAUGGCACGGGAUCUCAGCGUGCAUUUGAAGAAACCCCACACUGUCUCCUUGUUCGCUAUCUCCUUUGGGCCUCAGCCUUUUAUGCCAUUCUUAUACUAUGCGUCGUUAUUCCUUUCCUUUGGCCAUACGAUCCCAACCCACGUGCAUGUUCCAAAGCCCCCAGCCCCCAGCGUGGCUGCCUGUGGGCGCAUCGGUAACCGGGUGUGGAAUGGAACAGGAUCCUGUAACGUCUUUUUCCAUCUCUGAUUUCCGUUAAGCAUUUGCUCCGGGGACAGAGCGCAGUCUCCAUAAAGCCGGCCUCUCCCAGACGAGGUUGGACGUUACCAGGACAGCUGCCGAGGACUCAGGGCGCACUUCCUGCGGGGCGGCAGGCGGGGCGGAGCUGCCCGCCUCCCCUCCUCCCGCCUCCCGUCCCUCCGCCCCCCCACAACCGGUCUCCCUACCCCAGGGCGGCCGGGGCGCUGCGGGGGCGGGGCCGCCAGCGGGCUGGGCGGCGUGGCGGUGCAGGCUGAUCGCCGGGGGCCAAGGUGCUAGCGGACCCCGCGGCUGGCUCCGGCGCGGAGCGGGGGCGCGCGACGCGGAGCAGCCCUGCCCAGCGCGGGCAGAGACGAGCCGGCGGGUGGCGGAGGCGGAGGCGGCUCCCAGCCCGGCCGGUGCAGGGCCUUCGACAGAACUGCGGCCGAGCGGGGCCUCGGUCCGGGCGCUGGGGGAGCCCGCCGAGGCUGGCAGCAGGAGGAAGCGGCGGCUGCGCGUCCCGAGCGGUGCGCGCCAUGUCGGGCGGGCCCCCCAAGGCCCUGCAGUCCACGGGGCCCCACUCUCUGCGUGACAUGCCGCACCCGCUGGCUGGCUCCAGCAGCGAGGAGGCCGUGGGCGGCGACAGCACGCCCAGCCCGGACCUGCUGAUGGCCCGCAGCUUCGGCGACAAGGAUCUCAUUUUGCCCAAUGGUGGUACUCCAGCAGGCACUUCAAGUCCAGCGUCUUCAUCUUCACUUCUCAACAGACUUCAGCUUGAUGAUGACCUUGAUGGUGAGACCAGAGAUCUCUUUGUCACGGUUGAUGAUCCCAAGAAGCAUGUCUGUACAAUGGAGACCUAUAUCACAUACAGGAUCACCACCAAAAGUACUCGGGUGGAGUUUGACCUGCCAGAAUAUUCUGUUCGUCGGAGAUACCAGGAUUUUGACUGGUUGAGGAACAAACUGGAAGAAUCGCAGCCCACUCAUCUCAUUCCCCCGCUUCCUGAGAAGUUUGUGGUGAAAGGUGUUGUAGAUCGUUUUUCAGAAGAGUUUGUGGAGACCAGAAGAAAAGCUUUGGAUAAAUUCCUAAAAAGAAUUACGGACCAUCCUGUGCUGUCUUUCAAUGAACACUUUAAUGUUUUUCUUACUGCUAAGGACCUGAACGCCUACAAGAAGCAAGGAAUGGCAUUGCUGACCAGAGUGGGCGAGUCGGUCAAGCACGUCACCGGAGGCUACAAGCUUAGGAGUCGGCCUCUUGAGUUCGCAGCCAUAGGAGAAUACUUAGACACAUUUGCACUCAAACUGGGAACCAUAGAUCGGAUAGCCCAGCGGAUCAUCAAAGAAGAAAUAGAAUACCUUGUAGAGCUGAGAGAAUAUGGGCCUGUGUACUCCACAUGGAGCGCCUUAGAGGGGGAGCUGGCUGAGCCCCUGGAGGGUGUGUCAGCUUGCAUCGGCAACUGCUCCACAGCCUUGGAAGAACUGACAGAUGACAUGACAGAAGACUUUCUACCUGUUCUCAGGGAAUAUAUUUUAUACUCUGACUCCAUGAAGAGCGUAUUGAAGAAGAGGGACCAAGUGCAAGCAGAGUACGAAGCCAAACUGGAAGCUGUGGCUCUGAGAAAGGAAGACCGCCCCAAGGUGCCAGCAGAUGUUGAGAAAUGUCAGGAUCGGAUGGAGUGUUUCAAUGCUGAUCUGAAAGCUGAUAUGGAGAGGUGGCAGAACAACAAGAGGCAGGACUUCCGGCAGCUGCUCAUGGGAAUGGCUGACAAGAACAUCCAAUAUUAUGAGAAGGUAAUGAGCAUGCUGACAAGACCGUAG